AAUAUGGACUUGGCAAGUUGGUGUAAGCCGCGUAUUACUCGGACGACCUCUAUCAUGGCAAUCCCUUUGAUUCCGCUGGUCAUCGCCGCUUUGCUCAGUGGACAUGGACUGCGCUCGAGGUCACUCUCUUUUUCCGGCGCCAUCACAGCUUUCGUGGUUGGCUUCAGCAUGCUUGCAGUGCCUGUGCGGACCAUUGGGGUCACCCUCUUUGCGUUCUACUUAAUCGGGUCCAGAGCCACCAAGUACGGCAAGAAGCGGAAAGCUCAGCUUGAAGAUGACUAUCAAGAGGCUGGCUACCGAUCCGGUGUACAAGUCCUCUGCAACUCAUUCACCGCAUUUCUCGCAAGUGGAUUAUGGUGUCUUGUCUUUGCGCCUGAUACGUUCCCGUGGAGUCUAGUAGUUAACUCAUACACUCACUCAGGACCCCUAUCGGUCGAGAGCGUAGCAUACAACGAUGGUCAAUGGUGUCCAUUGGACUCAACGGUAUCAAGUGGAUUGAGCCGUGCGGUGAUGUUUGUGACGCUCGGUCACUUUGCCUGCUGCCUGGGGGAUACUCUCGCGUCAGAACUCGGUAUUCUCUCUUCCCGCCCGCCGAUCCUUAUCACGACGCUGAAAACUGUUCCACCCGGUACAAACGGUGGUGUCUCACUCGGCGGAACACUUGCUAGCUUAUUUGGUGGUUUGGCCGUGGGUGUAACAAUGUUCAUCUCACUGAUCAUUGAGAAUGCACACUGCAGAGGCAGUUGGAUGACUAUCCUUCCGUCACUCGUAUUCUGGGGUGGUGUAGCAGGUGCUGGCGGGAGCUUGCUGGAUUCGUUCCUCGGAGCGACCCUACAGCGCACACGUUACUCAGUCGAUAAAAAGGUCAUUCUUACUGGCCAUUCUGAGCCCACUGAUCGCGGGCGGAAAGACACUGUCAAAGUUAUCAGCGGACUCAAUUUAUUGACAAACAAUCAGGUCAAUCUGCUGUCGUCGAUAGGGACUGCGCUCGCCGUUGCAAGAUUUUCCACGUAGUAGACUUGAACAUUUUCUCUGCUUCAUCUGUAGACCCUCCCCGAUCGUAGUUGUAUACUCACAACAAUGCUACCAUGGAAUUUUCCUUGACCUCUUGAUGGA